AGCCCCUCACCGCCAUGAGCCAGACCGACUUUCCCCUGGCAGAGCCCAAAUCCCAUGGGGUGCGGCCCCACAUCUGCUGCGUUCCCCCUCCCCGCGCCCCCUCCUCGCAGGGCCGCGGCCGCAAUCCCCUCCUGGCCAGGGCCGAGACCCGACGGGGGAGUCCGCGGACGGAACAGCCCUCGGCUUGCGAGCCCCGCGCGGAGCGGCAGAGCGGGAGCAGUCCCCAGGAGCCCAGCGAGCAGUCUUCGUCGGAGCCAGCCCCUGACGGCGGCUGGCUGAGCGCCGACGAGUCCUCGGGCUACGAGAGCGAGAGCGCUGGCGGGGAGCGCUCGGAAGCGGAGGCGCCGUGUGGGAGCCGCGGGCGGCAGCGGCGGGCGCGGACCGCCUUCAGCUCGGAGCAGGUGUGCCGGCUGGAGAAGACCUUUCAGCGCCAGAAGUACCUGGGAGCCUCGGAGCGAAGGAAGCUGGCGGCCGCCCUGCAGCUCUCGGAGGUCCAGAUCAAGACCUGGUUUCAGAACAGGAGGAUGAAACUGAAGAGACAAAUCCAGGACCAACAGCACAGCCUCGUGUCUCCUGCUCCGCUCUACAGCUUCCCCCCGGGAACCACCCCUCCGGCCCUCCUUCCCGAUGAAGGCUUUCCGUUGUCCUUCCACUAUCCCUUUGCUCCACAGCAUCAGAGACUCCUGCCUCUUCCCCCGGUGUCUGCGGUGCAGCUCAGCUUUUCCUUCCCCAGAUACGAUGCUUUGCAAAGCACCUACCGCUUCAUGGCAAACGAGUUGCCGUACUACCAUCAACAUUUGCUUCCUCCUCAUCCCUCUUUCCAUCCAGUAAUUAAGAAUAAAAUGGACAAUAAAUGCCAUCCUGUGUAUGCCUGAUAGUGAAAACAAAACAUGGCAGACAAAGGGGAAAAAAUGAGUGGCAUAAUGUAUUAUUUUCCACUCAGAUGGAUUUUUUUGUCUGAUUUGUAAUCUUAUAUGUUUAUUUUUAUAAGUUAAGUGUAAAGAGUAAUAACUUAAUAUUGGUACUAACUAGCAUUAAAAUUUAUUGGAUGUGGUGCCUCUCGUUCUUCUUUACGUCUCACCUUUUUGAAAAGCUUUCUUUUUUUUUUUCCCCAAAUAUCUUCCUUUGAUUUCUACAUGUGCUGAAGAUACCUUAAGCACAUUUGAAAUGUGUGAUCAUGCUAUAGCUAUGAUGCACUUACAGUUUGUGCCUACAGCCUUUAUUUUUGCCUGCAGCUGCUGAAAAGGAACUAAAGGAAGAAAAGCCAAGAGCAGAAACUUGCAUUUGCAAGAUUUCCAAUGGCGUAGGACAAAAUUAAGUUUUGCUUGGACUGGGAAUUGUACAUCUCCAGUUUUCAUAUGUAUAUAAAUUGAUGGGUGUUACCUGUGCAAAGUGUGCAGAGGUUUCACUUGUGAUCUGCUCUUUGGAUAAUGGGGAAGAAUUAAAAUACUGCAUGCAUAUUACCUGGCUUUCCUGCAGUCAUGUUGAGAGGGAUUCUGUGUGCUGUUAUGUUUGAGAGCCUGAGCUCUCAAUUGUAUCAGUUGUAUCGUACUGUGUCUGAGGCACAGCAAAGGAGGAAGAUGAAGGUAUUGGCUCUUGUUAGGCUGUUUCCUUAGCAGUUAGAGACCUCUGAGAUGAGAGAUUUUCUCCCACAGAAGAUAUUUGUUAUUGCUCUGUGUCUGAAGCCCAAACACCUCCUCUGCAGCUGCAUUAUAACAAAAACAAGCUGUACAUUCCAGUGGAUCAGUGAUUGCUGCAAGAUAUACAGCAAUGUGAAUUUUAAGAGAAAACUGCUUUCUGGAUGUUAUUUGAGCUAGCAGCUGUCCAAAAUCCUCAGCUCACCUCUUACCAAGAAAGAGCAUGUCAGGUCUCAGGUGCUAUACACAGCACCUCUGUGUGUGGGAGGGAUGAAAGAAUGUUACCAUCACUUUUUUCACAUAUACUUUAAUUGAGGUACAGGUCAGAUCCAAACUGAACUUCUUGGAAAAGAGAACUCGGCCAGUGAACCCAUUUUCACAUCAGUGUAAUGACCUUAACAAAAAUGAAGGUGGACCAAGGAAAACUUGCAGGGUUUAUGAAGAGUUCUGCACUAUCUUUUCAACCACUGAAUUCUCCACUGCUCUGGGUCUGACAAUGCAAACUGUAAUUGUGAAGAUGAAUCCAGUCUGGAUUACCUUUUACACAGAAAUUGCCACAGCUCAUGAAACUUCAUCUGGUUACAACUAAUGCAAUGGAACUGCGUGAAUUAAUCUCAGGUAGCUGGAGAGAACAAUGAGGAUUCCACUCAGCCUUAUGACUGUGCCUUCUCUGACAGCUGCAUACAGAAGAUAAUGCUGAGACGGAAGGAGUCCAGAGAGAGUUUAAAGACAGUUGUUAAAGGUAAAAACGUUCGAAAGAAAUUACUACUGUCUUCUUCUUAGCUUUAUCUCGAAGAAUGUAGAAAGGAGAUAAAGUGAAGUUAAAGGACAAAGAGACUCUCUUUUUCCUGGACUCCUAAGAUAAGUCAUAUUCUGAUUGUGGUCUUCUUUUUUUUAAGUGUUAAUUUGCAGCAAUUAAUAGUUGUUUUUUUUUUUUUUUUUUUUCCUCCUUUGAAUGCUUUGCAGAACAUCCCUGAGUAGAUCAGGUACAGCUUCAAAAUAAGGAUGUAUAACAGCACAAUGGCAUACAAAACAUAGGAGAAGUGUUAUUAAAGAGCCGUAAGACUUGUAUUAUUCUUAGUAAUGGGCUUCAUUUCUGGAACCAGCUCUCCAUUUGUGUUAUGAAGUUUUACAAAGGUCCUGUUUUGGAAUGGAUCUGCUAAAAAUGCUGUGCACAAAAGGAGCUCUUUUACGUCACCCUGGUCAUCGGAGAAAGUUCAGAAAAAGUGUAUGUUCUGCAAUGUAUUGUGCCUGAAUGGAAAAGCAUGGAUAUGUGGCACCAGAACACCGUGAAGGCUUAAAACUGAAGCUGCCUGUUAGCCCAAGGCUGAAGAUUUUUCAAGUUAAUAUUUAAAGGCCCAAGAGUAUUGCAUCCCAAGUGCAUUUUUGAGCUUCUGAUGCCCUGUAUUCCAUUUCAAUCUUGACGGUUAGGAGAGAGAAAUCUGGGGCCUGAGGGCUUUCUGAAACGGAACAAGCUGAGAGUGUGCAGCAUCUCUUCCUCUGGAGUACUGGAUGUGCCAGGAGCAUCAUCCUAUUACUAAUAAGUCGAAAUAGACAGCAGGAAAUGCAGGUCCCUCCCUAGCAGUGCCAGAAUGCAUCUCUGUGUGUAUCCAGCAAUCUGGGUGAUAUGUUGACAGAAUGAGGCCAGCGAUGCAAAUAAAGGAAUUUUUUUCCCUC